GUUUUGGCGCUCUGUUUAUAAAUGCACAAGUCACGCAGUGACUGAAACUCAAGUGCUUUGCUGAAAACAAAUCUUCGGAAGUUGGACAGAUCGAUGGAAAUUUUCAUAAAGCUUUAGUCCAAUUUCCAAUGAAUCGAUGGUCAACAGCAACAUGACUGUGAUGAGGAUGAAUGGCAGCUCUAUAAACGGGAGAGAAACUCCAGUAUGGGCCCACCAGAACCUCCUCAGACCAAAGACGAACCGGCGAAAACAGAAAUAAUGUGCAGUAAGCUGAAGAGAAAGCAGCUGAUCUUCAAUCAAGAGACUGAUGUGAAGCAUCAUCUGAGGAAUAUCAUCAAGAUUCCUGUAGUAAAGCUGCAAAGAAUAGAUGUUCAACAACGACAUGUCUGUAAGGAGGAGAGUGAGAUUGAAAUGCAGGUCUUUAAGCAAAACAGAACCUCCCAUCUGGACCAAGCAGAACCAGAACCUGCACAGGUCAAAAAGGAACCAGAGGAAAGUGAAAAUAUGUGCAGUGAUCAGAAAGGAGAACAGCUGGUCCUGAAUCAGGAGCCGGAUAUGAAGGAGGACAUGAUGAAUGGGAGCUCUAACCAGAACAAAGUGCCCAUCCUGGACCAAACCAAACCAGAAUCUCCACAGAUCAAAGAGGAACUGGAUGAACAGUGCAUUAGUCGGGAAGGAGAGUCACUGCUUCUGAUUCAGGAAACUGAUGUGAAGGUGGAGUUCCACUCUUAUUGUGACGAAACACACAAAAUCUACAAAAAAUUGAAGUUAGAGUCAAGCGAUCUGUUGGAUCAACACCAUCAUCUGGGAAACAUCUUAAAGAUUCCUGUAGUAAAGCUGCAAAGAGCAGAUGUUCAACAGCAACAUGUCUGUGAGGAAAGAAAGCAGGGGAGAACUUCCAGCCUGGAACAAGCAGAACCAGAACUUCCACAGCUCAAAGAGGAACCAGAUGACCUGUACUAUAAUCAUGAGGGAGAGAGGUUGCUCCUGAAUCAGGAGACUGAUGUGAUGACACAUCAGCAUCAACUGAGGAACAUACAGCUGCAAACAAUAGGAGUUUGGGACAAAUGGCAGCUCUGUAACCAGGAGAGAAACUUGUGUCUGGACCAACCAGAACCAGAACCUCCACGGGUCAACGAGGAACCAGAGAAACUGUGCAGUGAUCUGGAGGAAGAGCAGCUGCUUCAGAAUCAGGAGUUCAAGUCAAAAUGUGAAGAAACAUGCAAAAUCUUUGAAAAUUUUACGUUUGAGUUCAAGGAACUGUUGAAACAUCAGCAUCACCUGAAGGACAUGAUCAAGAUUCCUGUAGUAAAGCUGCAAAGAAUAGAUGAUCAACAGCAACAUGUCUGUGAGGAGGAUAGGGAUGAAUGGCAGCUCUAUAAGCAGAAAAGAAACUCCAGUCCUGACCAGCCUGAACUUCCACAGAUCAAAGAGGAACCAGAGGAAACAAAUAUAAUGUGCAAUAAUCAAGAAAGAGAGCAGCUAGUCCUGAACAAAGAGGCUGAUAUGACAAUGGAGAACCCGUCUGAAUGUGAAGAAACCUUUAAAGGAUGGGAUAUCAAGGAACCGUUGGAUCAUCAGUAUUGCCUGAGAACUUCUGAAACAGAGUCACACAAAAUAGAUGUUCAACAGCAACAUGUCUGUACGGAGGAGGAUGACGAUGAAUGGCAGUUCUAUAAGCAGGAGAGACACUCUAGUCGGGACCAAGAAGAACCAGAACUUCCACAGAAUAAAAAGCUACCAGAGAAACUGCCCUGUAAUCAGGAGGGAGAUCAGCUGCUCUUGAAUCUAAAGGAAGCUGAAAUGAAGAUGGACAGCCAGUCUAAAUGUGAAGAAACAUCAGAAGACUGUGAAACUAAUGAAAUGUUAGAUCAUCAGUACUGCCAAAGGAUCAGGAUCCCUGAAACAAAGUCACACACAACAGGAGUUUGGGACAGAUGGCAGCUCUGUAAUCAGGAGAGAAACUUGUGUCUGGACCAAGCAGAACCUCCACGGGUCAAAGAGGAACCGGAGAAACUGUGCAGUGAUCUGGAGGGAGAGCAGCUGCUUCAGAAUCAGGAGUUCAAGUCAAAAUGUGAAGAAAAAUGCAAAAUAUUUGAAAAUUUCAAGUUUGAGUUCAAGGAACUGUUGAAACAUCAGCAUCUCCUGAAGGACAUGAUCAGGAUUCCUGUAGUAAAGCUGCAAAGAAUAGAUGAUCAACAGCAACAUGUCUGUGAGGAGGAUAGGGAUGAAUGGCAGCUCUAUAAGCAGAAAAGAAACUCCAGUCCUGACCAGCCUGAACUUCCACAGAUCAAAGAGGAACCAGAGGAAACAAAUAUAAUGUGCAAUAAUCAAGAAAGAGAGCAGCUAGUCCUGAACAAAGAGGCUGAUAUGACAAUGGAGAACCCGUCUGAAUGUGAAGAAACCUUUAAAGGAUGGGAUAUCAAGGAACCGUUGGAUCAUCAGUAUUGCCUGAGAACUUCUGAAACAGAGUCACACAAAAUAGAUGUUCAACAGCAACAUGUCUGUACGGAGGAGGAUGACGAUGAAUGGCAGUUCUAUAAGCAGGAGAGACACUCUAGUCGGGACCAAGAAGAACCAGAACUUCCACAGAAUAAAAAGCUACCAGAGAAACUGCCCUGUAAUCAGGAGGGAGAUCAGCUGCUCUUGAAUCUAAAGGAAGCUGAAAUGAAGAUGGACAGCCAGUCUAAAUGUGAAGAAACAUCAGAAGACUGUGAAACUAAUGAAAUGUUAGAUCAUCAGUACUGCCAAAGGAUCAGGAUCCCUGAAACAAAGUCACACACAACAGGAGUUUGGGACAAAUGGCAGCUCUGUAAUCAGGAGAGAAACUUGUGUCUGGACCAAGCAGAACCAGAACCUCCACGGGUCAAAGAGGAACCAGAGAAACUGUGCAGUGAUCUGGAGGAAGAGCAGCUGCUUCAGAAUCAGGAGUUCAAGUCAAAAUGUGAAGAAAAAUGCAAAAUAUUUGAAAAUUUCAAGUUUGAGUUCAAGGAACUGUUGAAACAUCAGCAUCUCCUGAAGGACAUGAUCAGGAUUCCUGUAGUAAAGCUGCAAAGAAUAGAUCUCUCAGGAAAACACAUUUGCAAAGAAGAGACUAAAGCUGAGCAGCUUCUCUGGAAGCAGGAGAGGCACUCCAGUCCAGAUGAGGAGAAACCAGAGCUUCCAGAGAUCAAAGAUGAGCAGGAGGAGGAAGAAGAAGAGCAGGUUGAACUGACGCAGGAGACUGAUGCUUCUAUGGUGACUGAGUAUGACCAGGAAAAGAUUAACUCCAAACCAGUACCAAGAGAGAGUCCAGUUCUGGAGGCAAACACUCGGAUCAGAAACAGUGAUGCUGUGACUGUACAAGACUUCACUCUACAUAGUACUCACACAAGAAUACACACAGUUGAUAUGCCAUAUUCUUGUAAAAUAUGUCAAAAAAAAUACACUCGAAAUAGUAAAUUAAAAUCCCACAUGAGUACUCACAUAAGACCUUUUACUUGUGAACUGUGUGAAAAAGGUUUCUCUAAAAUGACUCAAUUAAAAGUCCACAUGAGAACUCACGCAGGUGAAAGGCCUUUUACUUGUGAAGUAUGCCACAAGUCUUUUGGGCGAAAUACAUCAUUAAAAGAACACAUGAAAAUUCACACAGGUUUUACAUGUAUUUUAUGUGCAAAAUCUUUUGCACAAUCUAAAUCAUUGAACAACCACAUGAGAACUCAUCCACGUGAAAAGCUUUUUAUUUGUCAUAUAUGUCUAAAAUGUUUUAUGCAAAGUGAGCCAUUAAAAGAACACAUGAAAGCUCACGUGGAUGAAAGGCCUUUUACUUGUGAUUUGUGUAAAAAAAUGUUUGCGCAAAGUGAGUCAUUUAAAGAACACAUGAGAACUCACACAAGGGAAAUGGUUUAUUCUUGUAAAGUAUAUGAAAAAUAUUUUGCUUGUAGAUCUAACUUAUAUGCCCACUUCUUAACUCACACAGGUGAAAGGCCGUUUACUUGUAAGGUAUGCCAAAAAUAUUUUGCGCAAAUUAAAUCAUUAAAAGACCAGAUGAGAACUCACACAGGUGAAAGGUCUUUUCACUUGUAAUAUGUCAAAAAUGUUUUCCACAAAGUGACUCUUUCUUAGACGACAUGGAAGCUCACAAAAGUAAAAGGCCUUUUACUUGUAAAAAAUGACAAAUUUUGCACAACAAAGUGACUUAAAUCACUCCUAACAUUAUGAUGUUUUAGUUUACCUCAAGAGCACCCAGACAAGUUAAAGGUGUCAUUCUUGUAAAAGAAGUAGAAUACAUUACAUUUUUAUACCAAUCUUCAGACUGUUAAAGAUGAAGCAAAAUGUUAAAAUGGUUCCAUGUUUUCGAGAAGUAAAUACAAAUAUGUUUCAAUGCAGAAGAGACAUUUUUCAGAAUUCACAAAGUUGGAAGAUGUAUUUCGCACAUGGAGAUUUUUUUUUAGUAGAUUACCUUUUCAUUUUAAUUGUGUGAGUCUUUGUAUUAGGUUUUGACAAAUGUCUGAGAAUCCAAAAAUAUUUUCCUCUUUUUCGUUUAGGAAUAAACAUUUACCAAUAUGUUUAAAGAUGUGUAAUUUCCAUAGCAGUAGUAAACUGCGAAUGAGGAAUGAAAAUGUUCACUAAAUGUGCCUAAAUUUUAUUUUGAACAAUGUGUAAAAUGUUAAACUAAUAUUUACACAUCAUUAUGAUCUUGUUUAGAAUGUUUUUAUGAUCAGAUAUCCCAGUUAAGCACAAGUGCAUUGUUUGAAAUGUUGCAUCUGUUUUUGUACUUUUAUUCAGUUUUUUUCUCAAAUGAAAGCAUUAGACAACUCAAGAUGUUUUGAAUUAAAAUUGUCUAUGUUGCCUCAUUGAA